AUGCUGGAUGAGCUAUCCUUUGCCUCAAACCGGGGCUCCAGACUCUUCAAACAGCGCCAGAGACGAUCAGAAAAGUACACGUUUGAAAGCAUCCAGAACCAAAACAACAAACAGCAGAUCCCUGACACAGUGGUCUCUCAAAUCGAGAACGGGAAUGACACGGACCACCAGACAGCCGACAACAACUUGGAAGCCACACAAACACCAGAUAUAACAGUUGUGCCAAAUCCAGAUAGUAUCGCCCCGGCCCUCCCAGGGUACGGAGGUCCUCUGAAAGACAUCCCUCCAGAGAAGUUCAACAGCACAGCUGUGCCAAAGUCCUACCACUCACCCUGGGAGCAGGCCAUCAGCAACAGCCCAGGCUUGGCUGAUACUCUUGCCACCUGCAUGUCGGUGCCAGAGCCAAAAGCAGAGAUUCCCGGGUACAAAAGCUUCAACAGGGUGGCAACUCCAUUUGGUGGCUUCAGCAGGGGACCAAAACCUGCACUCAUCAAGCCCCUCACGGUGGAACCCCUCCCUGACUGUCCAGAGCUCCAGGCAGACACUCCAAUCGAUCGACCUUCCUUCAACAGAGCAGCCCUGGGGUGGGUGUCGGCGGGCAAUCCUGUCUCCCUCCCUACAGCUUCAGUUGAGCCUGUGCUCAUCCCUGAGUCAGAUGACCUUUGAACCCUUAAUGUGGUCACUUGGAGAUGCUUUCCUGUUAGUUGAGACAACAGAGGUUAUUGUGAGUGAGGUGACGUAUCAGUAUGAGCAAAGUCAGGGUCAGAGAAAGCAUCAUGUUUGGCCUUGCAGGUCAAAGUUACCAUGUUUGCAGAUGAGACCUUAGUUUUCAAGGAAGUUAAAUAAAAAAAAUAAUGGUUACCAUGUACAGUAGAUAGAGACACCAAUCAAAUAUGAAAUCUGUUGUAUAUUGAUGUGUAUAAGAAUAUUUUAUCUCACAGACAGAAGUUUUUGCUCAAUAAAGUGGUGUGUAAUGCACAAAGUUCAA